GGAUGGGCUAGCCGUCGGAUAAUGAAACGUAGCUAUAAAACGGUUAAUUUCAGUCUGCUGUUCGCACUCGACUCGACACCUUGUGAAGACCGGUGAAGACAAGCAAGAUGGUCCGACUGGUCGCCUUUGGAUUGUUGGCACUGGCUGUUGCACAGGCCGCGGUUGUGCCUCAAAAUGAACCGGAAGAAGUUGACGAAUCAUGGUUCCCCAGAGAGGGUGAAGACCCGGUGAUGAUGGCGGGGAAAUUUGAAGGAGAUAUGGUCAUCGACGAAAACUCCCUUCUCGACAAGAUUCUCCCACGUAAUGCCAUGAAGAGUACCUACAAACUAUGGCCAAAUGGUGUCGUCUACUACACCUUAGACGAAUCUUAUCCUUCUUACAUCGUUUCGGUGAUAGAAUCUGCAUUCAGAGAGAUGGAAGAUAAAACCAAAGUGAAUGGCAAAUAUUGCGUUCGCUUCCUUAAACGUACUUCCGAAAAUGACUACAUACGCAUUAGGCCAAUUUCAGGAUGCUACUCCUUAGUCGGAAGGAAGGGUGGCUACCAAGACCUCUCCAUUGCGCGUGGGUGCACGCAAAAAGGAACCAUCAUGCAUGAGCUGAAGCACGCGCUUGGCUUUUACCACGAGCAAAGUCGUAAUGACAGAGAUAACUACAUCACUGUAGACUAUUCUAACGUUCAAUCUGGCAAGGCCUCCCAGUUCCAAAAAAUGUCUCUGAACAACAUCCAGCAGUUUACCCCCUACGAUUACGGCUCCCUCAUGCACUACGGCCGCUACUCCUUCGCUGCGGACAGGAGCAAACCAACCAUCAUCCCGAAGAAGGCCGGGGUGACGAUUGGCCAGAGAAUCAGACUGAGCGACUAUGACAUUCAGGAAAUCCGAACGCUGUACUCAUGUGGCGGUACCAGUACCUCAACCGGUGGUUCCGUAACCCAGCCUCCAGUCGUGACCAACCAACCUACCACUGGUAGUGUAUCUGGGCUCCCUAAGGGCACCUGCACUUUUGAGUCUGGAUUAUGUGGCUGGACACAGGACACCUACGACAGCCAUGAUUGGACGAUCCGCUCGGGUUCCACGCCCUCCGGAUCGACUGGACCAACUUCUGCCUAUGGCGGUUCAGGUAAAUACGUCUAUGUGGAGGCUUCUGGAUACAGCAACAAAAUUGCGAGACUUGUCUCACCCAUGCUGACCACCACCGGAGCGACGCCAUUCUGUCUUCGUUUCAACUACCACAUGUACGGCGCCGACAUGGGUCGCUUGACCAUCGGCAGUAAGUUUGGAACCACCUACAGACCCAUUGUGUAUUUCAGUGGGGACAAGGGGACCUCGUGGAGAACCGCCAGGUUCACGAUUAAUACCAGUUCUGCCGGAUCGUUCAGUUUCUACCUGGAAGGCACUGUUGGCACCAACUACAGAAGCGACAUCGCUAUAGAUAACCUGAAUCUUGCAUCCGGCAAAUGUACGUAAAAGUCCCAGUAUCUUAUUUUGGCGAGACAUAUUUCAAAACAGGGUAAUCGGAUUGGUGUCUUUGCUGUCAUUUGUGUACAGAUGCGUUUUGAAAUAAACUAUU